UGAUACCCCGACUUCUCCAAACUGAACUGCCAGGCGAAGGAGACGGACAAGAAAGGACUUGGACCAGCAGUCGGUGGCACAGAUCUGGGACGCAGCAGAUCGGGAAAGGGACCAAAAAAGGAAGGCGACUGGAAGGAAGAAGAAGGAUUUUGUGGAGCGCUUCGUACGGUUUACUUAUAUUUUUUUCACAAACCGGUUACACGCGGAGGAGCUUCAAGAAAGAUGAAUUAUUUCAUCCUGCUGUCGCUUUUUGCAACGACUAUCGCCGGAAAGUCACCUCGGCUGAAAUUUGUUUUGCACGAGGCCUCCAGGUUCCACUUCAACAAACCUGAGAACUACAUCAGCAUGUACCACCAGGAAGGGAGCGACACGCUGUACGUGGGCGGCCAGGCCAUGAUCUACGUGGUGACGUUCACUAACAGAGGGGUCCGCGACCUGGAGAUCCCAGUGGCAUCCGACCAGACUGCAAUUGAUACCUGCAAGGCAAAGGCUGCACCCCUCGAGCUGGAGUGUGAUAAUUUCAUCACCGUCAUUCAGAAAGUCAACGACACAAUACUUGUAUGUGGAACAAAUGCUGGAAGCCCCAGGUGCUGGAUGCUGGUAAAUGACACUGUGCUGGCUGACGUUCAGGGCAACGGUCAGAUAGGGCCCUUCUCUGACAUCUCACCACCUUACCCUUCCCAGAAGUCCAUCAGCUUGCCUGCAGAUGGGAGCCUGUACUCCGCCAUGUCGUCGGUGGCAGGUCACGCCGGCUCGAUCCGCCGUACGUUUGGCUCCCAGAAACUCCUGAAGACAGAGAACAUUUGGCUGCUGAAUCCACAGUUUGCGGGUGCAGCCAUAAUCCCGUCUACGAUAAAGUACAAGGAGGAGAUCUACUUCUUCUUCAGUGAGAUCAACAAGACAGCCAGAGUGGACGAGGAGCCUUACAAGGCCCGCAUUGGCCGAAUCUGCACGGUGGAUGAAGGGGGCAUCAAAGCCCUGCUGGCGGACUCAUGGACCACCUUCAUGAAGGCCCGGGUGAUGUGCGGCGCGGGAAACACUCAGCAGCAGUACAACAACAUGAAGCAGGCGGUGGUGCUGACCGCGCAGGACAAGAGGGCCGGAGUCCUGUACGGCCUGUUCUCCAACGCAUGGGGCAAAACAGUGAUCUGUGCCUACUCCAUCGAAGAUAUUGACCAGGCUUUCUCUACAUCCAAACUGAAGGGUUACAGCAGUCCAUUCAUCGGCAGUCGCCCUGGGAUGUGUGUCCGAAAACACUCAACGUCCGGAGGUCACAACGACAUCAAAAACCUUGGGGUGAUCAGAUACCACCCGGAAAUCGAGGACGUGAUCCGGCCAGUCGGCGUGGCUCCGCUCGACCUGCCCACGGACGACCAAAUCACCCACGCUGUGGCAGACAUCGUCCUGGCGGUCAACGAUGAGCACUACAGCGUCCUGUACCUCGGAACAGACCAAGGCAAAGUUCUCAAAGUUCUUCACAGCAGCGAGGGCGUCUUCGUCAUAUCUCAGUACUCUCUGUUUCACAAUGAGGGCCCCGUUCUAAACAUGGCCAUCGACUCCCAAAAGGGACACCUGUAUGUCGGUACAGCGAUGGAGGUCCAGCGACUGCCGCUGGCUGACUGCAGUCGCUAUGGCGACACAUGCAGGGAGUGCAUCCUUUCCCGGGAUCCGUACUGCGGCUGGGACCGGGCCAGGAGGAGGUGCAUCCCCAUCCCGCCCGGAUACAACACCACCACCGGGACACUCAUUCAGAACCUGGACCAGUCAAACUCCUCGGUUUGUGGGGAAGCUGCUGCUCUGAAGCAGCGUCGCACUUCCCCCAGAGAAGUGAUGGUGCAGUCCAACACCUCCAUCUUUCUCCCUUGCCCCGUGCGCUCCUUCCACGCCACCUACCGCUGGGAGAAAGACAACUGUAUCAAGAACUAUCCCUGCCUGUUCUCCAGGGACUUCUGCGUCCUGGGACCGGCUGUCAACACGCCCCUGAGGGAAGGCGUCUUCCGCUGCAUGGCCACCGAGGACGGGUUCAAGGUGGAGAUCAUCUCCUUCAGGCUGGUGAACAACGGCAGGCUCCUGGCCGCCUCCCUGGCCUCCACUUUGGGGCCGUCGCUCCUGCUCGCCAUGGCCACCCUGUGGCUCCAUUAACCGCAGCUACCGCUAAUGCUAACCCCUCAUCCUUACUGGCUCCCGAUGCGAGAAAGACGAGGAGCAUCUGUCAGGAGGUUAGGUUCGCAGAGCAUCAAAUUACAUGGUUGGGUUGGACGGUGAAAAUUCACCUUUUUCCACAUCGAUUUUUAGAGAAAGAGUCAAGAGAAUGUAAUUGAGAGAUAAAAUUCUGUAUUUUUUUUCUUGCAUAAAGCAACAUAUUAGCAGCUACCUUGAUAAGAUCAGAACUUUGAAAUUCAUACUAAAGUGACUAGGAGUUACUGUCCAUGAAUUGACACGUCUUGCGAGUUCGAUUAACCAUAAUUAGGUGCUUUGCGAACCUUUCCUCUCUGACUCAAAACAUAUCGUAUGAGUUGGGGCGAAAAAACACCAAUACCAGGCCAAUUCUUUUCACCAUUCCUCUACUUAUUUUCAAAUUGACUUGACUGUGCUUAUCUGUGAAUAUAUAAACCUUUAAUACCGCUCUUACAUCUAAUCAUUCAUCUUGUUAAACUUCAUUAGUAUAGCUCAUUAGUACUAGAAAAUGUCUGGUAUUGACAUUUAAAAAGCCUUAACACUUCGGGGACAAAAACUCCUAAGCACAAUUUUGCAGUCGAGGCAGAAUACUGCAGCCUCGGUCGGACUUGGCGCUGUAAUUAGUGCACCUGAGUCUUAACAACAAUCGCUGGGAGGAAGUGUCAGCUUUUUGACAGGAAGUAGGCGGGUGGGCAAGAGCUCAUCUUCGAACAUCACUGUGUCUCAGCACCUCCUCCUCAGACGCAGCAGUUUCUUGCAUCUUUUUAAUCAGAUGGUAUCAAACGUCGUUAUUACGCCUUGUUCACAGCUUUGUCCGUUGUUUCGUUAUUAUUAUUUAUAUUUUUACACGCCAUCGUCUUGCCUCCUCCCCAGAGCAUCAGAAACAAAACACUUAACAGCACGUGAAAAAAAACAUCGCCCACAGCUCCGUUGGAGUAAAAGUUGCUUAAUAUCGGCGCUACGGAGCAAACCGCCUUAAAUAAUUAAAUAAAACUAUCAAUCAAUGGCAAAGUGUUAAAUCUGGAUCAUUUCUGUCAGAUCAUUUAUUGUGGAGAGAUGAUGGUUGCAAGUUAUGUGAAACAGCACGGACGUUUGUUUUUUGCUAAUUCCGAGUCCCAGGCGUCCAUUAGUGUUCAGGAAACAGAGCAGAGAGCAACAGUGAGGAGCUAAUCUGCUGCCAAUGGCAUCCCAUUCAACCCGGCAAUGCGUAAAGAUGUGAACAAGGUGUUGCGCUAUAGCAAUUUCAAUAAACACACACUUACAUUAUCAUAAGGGCAGACGAAGCUGAAUGGAACCGCAUAUUAAGCUUGCAUUUUAUUGUUUGCUUGGAGGAAAAAAAAAAAAGUCUUGUACUUAGAUCCGUGAAGUGUGUUCUGUAUUUUAUUGCUCUGCAGAUGCUGAUUUCUACCAUUGCUGCCUACUUCUGUAACAUUUUGUGUUGAUUGUUUGGGUUUUCAUGCCAUAGUUAGAACAUGAUAUGUAACCAUUUACCGCUGUACCUCUUUCCCCAAAGACGCCGGUGCAAAGAGACAAGGAACUGGUUGUUGUUUUUUUGUACUUUUGUGUCUCUUUGCUGUGAAACAAAAAGGCUUGACAGAUUCCAACAAGACGCUUCAAUGAUGUACAGCAGCAACAACUACCAGCGACGAGAGCAGUGGCUUUAACAUGCACAAACUGUAUUAAGACCAGGAAGGCAGGUUAAAGCUGAAUUUAAAAAGAAAUUAGUUGUGAAUGUAGGUGGAGUUAAAUAGCACUGAAAUGCACAACAAACUCAUGCUAAACCUUGUGAAUACUGAUCAGCUGACUGAAGAAGCAGGCUUGUGCGGUGAUGAAUUAUGCAGCGGAUUAGCAUGUUCUCCCGAGCUAUGAGAAUUAUCAUUCAGCAGUGUUACAUAAAUCUGGCCGUGCCGAGCCGUCCAGUGUGGCAGAAAUGUCAUUAAUAGCCAAUUAGACAAAGCAGCCAACUCCUCAUACAACGUAUUAAAGAAUUUAUUUUACACCGUCAGGUUAGAGGAGCAGCGAGCAUGUUCUCAGCUGGGAAAAUCUCAAGGAAGUGUGGCGUGUUUUUCACUCAGCUGGGUUUUGUGUUGCUGCUCGGGGAUCUGCUUGUUUUCUGCAUUACGCGAAAUGAAAAACAAUUUUAAAACAAAGCUACGUUCAGCAACCUCGGCCUCUCGACGCUUCUUGUGUUCAUUUGUAAAAAUACCUCGCUCCUACCUGACAUAAUGUCCUGGACAAACUGAGUGUGUGUACAACACCAGUCUUUCCCCACAACCAAACUCACAAAACCCUGACAUGCAUAUUAAUCGUCUUUGUGUCUCAGUUGGAAAUCAACACCAGCCAAGUGCUAGUAAGCAUUUAGUGAAGGCUGUUGACGACGAUUGGCAGGAAACUAUCUCAACAUACACCGAUGGGCUAAAGGUCUUUUCCUGUAUAACCUCCUUUAUACAUUAACUAUAACUGCUGCGUAUGUUUAUGUGUGAUUGAGUCUAUGCUAUCCAUUUUGGCAAUUUAACGUGGUAUCAUAAGCUUCCUGUGUUCCAAGUCCAUACUAUAGACCCAACGUAUUCGGCAGAAUUUCUUUGGGCAUUUUAGGUUUCUGCAGACAUUUGUGAACCAAAAAUAUGUUUCAUGAAUGUUUCAGCCUCGUAUCACGCUUGUAGAAACGCAAAAUGCCAUGUGGCAAGGUUCUUGGUUAAGUUUAGCUUCUUCUACUACUAAUGUAACAACGCAACAGAGCGGACUUCUGGGCGAAAGCCCCGUGUUUGACCCACCCGCCCACAGAGGACUUUCUCAGUUGUUACGCUCGUUAUUAUACCAGGUGACUUUCAAUAACGCUCGCUCGAUAUACUACGUCACUUGCUGCAAAAAAUGUCCGCAUUCAACAACUCCGCGGUUUCCAGAAACGUGCAAUGCCAACAUUUUUCUGAUGGGCUGAUAAUCCAGUGGAGACCGUCUUCAGACUGUUCAUGUGGAAGUGUUUUAAAUAGUAAGCUUUUAGAGAGGAUACGAUUAUCCUGCACCAGUUGUGUGAGAGUUCGUAAACAGAUAUUUGGAUGUAGUUUUGCUGUUGUUGAACGCGGCCCCAAUUUACUUCAAAGCAUCGGGACUUUGCUCCGUUUUUUGAUUCUUCGUUCUUAUACAAUUCUUAUAAAAAGUUCCUUUUUUUGGGACAAAGUAUUCCAUUAACCAGGUACUUUACGUUGCCUAAAGUGACAGUGUUUAUUUGGCAGACGUCUACAGUGUGAAUUUUUCUCACCAGAAGAGAUAACCUCGAGUUUAAAUGGGGUCAGAUAGUUGUUGCUGUGCAGAGCUGAUUUUAUUGCUCCUCAGGCAGGUAAAAUCAAGCUUUCAUCACUCAGCACUCCCAGUCAUCAUGCUCAACUAAUCAACAUUUUUCAAGCUAUUGUGUGGAAUUAAGAUUCAUAGCAUUUAUACCAACUAUCCAAAUCUCCUCUAUGUUCAAGUCCUUGCUUUGAUGUGGAUGUUCACAAGGCCGCUUUAUCGAAAUUCAGUUAUCACUCAAUCACAUGCGUCAGGGUCAGCCAGUCCGAUAAAGGCUCGUCUCCCUCAAAGCAAGCUCUUGAUUUGCCUUCAGGAGACCGAUGUAAUGGAUCGCGCUGUCUGCUGCAAGCCAAUCAGCGUCGAGUGAAGCGGGCCCCUGUUUUUGUUUGCUCUGGGGUUUUUGAGUGUCAAGUACUGUACAUGAUGUGUGCCCACGAUUCUGUGUCUCGAUAUAUCUCAUUUUAAAAGUAACAUGCCAAACCUGUUAAAAAAAAGAUUUAUAUUGGUGCAAUGCCAGUCGAAUGCCAUCUCAUAACGUGUAUUUUUAAAGAAGACAUAUCUAUAGUGCAAUAGAUAUUCAUGUAACAAACCCAUAUUGACAUGUGUUUCCCUGAACAUGUGCGGUGGAAAUUAAUAAAAUAUAAGUAUAAAGACA